UCAAAAAUCCUCGCCGGAAUCCUCUGAAACUCGCCGGAAAACCGCGACAAAACCACACUUUUCGAUUUUUUCGGCCAUUUUUUGUCAUUUUUCCACCAAACCAACAACAAACCCACCCUUCCUACACCAAAAGCGGCCUAUCCCUCCAUUUUGAGUAGAUUUGGACGACGUUUUUGUCACCGGAGGCGAUUUCCGGCGAGACUCCGGCGAGGCUCUGACGAGCACUUUAGGGCACUUUUUCGGCUUUUCGUCGCUUCCAUCGCCUUCCCCUCAUCAUCCCUUACACCUCUACUUGAGUCUCCAGGUUUGAUUUUGCCUUUAACUAUGUUAAUUGUGGAGAAUUGGGUGUUAGGGUGCAUGUUUAGAGAACCUCAUUGAAUCUUGUGAUUUUUGUGCAAUUGAUUGAGGGGAAUGCAUGGAGUGUGUUUGAAUUGUGUUGGGCAAAGUCCCUCUUGAUUGUUUGAGCCCUGGUGUGCAAGAAUUGUGCCAAUUUCAUGCUUACCUUAAUAGUGCACACAAGGGGCCCUUAUUGAUGUGCUUUGAGGGUGUUUUGCUAUGGAUGUGAACCUUAAGUUGCCUACUUUAUCGUGAAUGUGCACCCCCACUCAGAUUAUGCUUGAUUUAUUGAGUUUUUUACCCCCGAACUAUGGAUGAAACCAUGGUUAGGCUGCUUUCUGUUCUUAAGUGUGCGGGUGUGAUUAACAUUUUCCUUGGCUCUUUUGGUUCCACUUUGGGCUGUUCUUUUGCAGGACCAUGUCGAAGCCCAACCUCCGGCAUGAGUAUGUUCAAGAUUUGAGAAGGGGGGCCCACCGGGAUCGUUUUCAGAACGUCCUGGCCUGCAAGUUUGGGCAGCAUCAUUACUGGUCGAAGCGUGAAUUGGAGAAGCUGAACUGUUACGAGCACCUCUCCCCCGUUGUCACCAACCGCUACUGGUGCCGCCUACUCAGCAUUCGCGCGAAGGUUUACCAUGAGCUCGUGCUUGAGUUCUACACUACCUUCAAGCACGCAGCCACGACCGAUUGGAAGGACGAAGCUGCAGUCCAGUUCCGACUCGACGGUGAACCACGCUCCAUGAGUUACGACGAGCUGGCGGACGCCCUCGGCCUCAACUUGGUCAAUGACAGGGACUACAUCACAGAGAUCGCCGAGCCAGCAGGGGUGGACUUCGGGAGGCUGUACUUCAGCCUCGCUCGGCCACGUCAGCUUCCCUUCAAGGCGGGGAAGACGAAGGCCAGCACAUUGCAGCUCGAAAACCGUCUCCUCCAUCACAUGCUGGCCAAGUCUUACACCCCAGCCUCAGACAGUGCCAGCGCCAUCACCAAGAGAUCCCUGUACUUCAUCCAGUCCAUGCGCCAGAGGGAUCAUCCCCUACACUUGGGCUCGGUGGUGGCAAGGACCUUCGAGAAGAGUGCUUCUGAGCUGAAGAAACUCCACUGCACUCCUCUCAUCACCUGCCUGGCAGAGUACUUCCAGAUAUGCCUGCAGGGGUGCACAGAGCAGAGAGAGACCACUCCCUUUGGCCGGGUUACGCUCACCAAAAUGCUCCUGCUUCGAGAAGAGCGAGGUGUCAUGUGGAUCAAGGGGUUUCCUCAACCUCAGAUCCCGGAGGCGGUCCAGCAGGAGGCUCCCGAGGGUGCAGCUGAUGAGGAGGUCCAGCCCGAGGACGUGGAUGACACUGCUGCCGCCCGCCCCACCACCUUCGAGUACGGGGGUGGCAGCUCCAGUUUCCCGGGGGCAGGAUUACUUCACCUCCCAGUUCGAGCAGCUGCGUCUCCAGAACCAGCAGAUCCUCGACCAUUAGAUGCAGUUCCAGCAGCAGUACGCGGCUCACCAGGCCGAGUACCACCAGAGGAUGGCUGUUUACGAUGAGAGAUUGGACCAGCUCCAGACCCAGCAGGGAGUGACUCUCGCACACAUCGAGCGGGAGAGGCGCCGCUCUCUGCGCAUGCAGGAGGUACAGGGGGCAUCUGCUCCAGCUGCUACCGGGCGAGCAGCCCGUUUGGAGGACUCCAUGGGAGGGCUCUCCACUUCCACCUCCCCCAGCGGAUGGUGAUGAUGGUGCUGAUGGUGGUGACGCCUUCAUGACCGACAUCGACUUUGGUGAUCUUGGCGAUGAGUAGGCUGUACUCGUUGCCCCUCUCAGUGUGUUUUGUUUUUCGUUUUAGACUUUUGUGUGUUUGCUCCAUGUGUGAGGAGCUUGAACUUAGUGUCGUUUGUUUUUGUUUUUUUCUUUUGUGGAUUGUUUUUGUUGUAGCCGUAUGGGCUAACACUUAUCCCUAACACACCGUGUGCUAGUGUGUUCUUGGUGUUCGUUCGUGCAGAACUGUCCAUCUUCCCGUUUGUUUCUCGCUGACUGGUCCACUUCCAGUCCCCCAGCAAUUUCAAUCCGGUAACAUCGUUCCUCUUCUCUAUCCCUCUGCUCCAUUGAGGGCAAUGUCGUGCUUAAGUGUGGGGGGGUGCUUUGUAUCGGUUGGAAUGUAUAUAUGUGUGCUUGGAGCCUAGUCCACUGUCCAAAUCUCGAGAUUUGAGGGCUCCAAGUACUGCUGUUUGAUCAUAUUGGCACUGUGUUUUGAUUGAUGAAUUGGAUGGUUUUCGGAUUGAUGCAUGACAGCUUGAUUGUGACUAGGACAACCUAUGAUGAGGACUAAGACGUGCAGUAGAGUUGUGUAGGGGUUCAGUUUUUCAACUGUUUGCUUACCAACUGUGACUUGGAUUGAUUACUUGUUCUUGACAGUCUCUUAUGCAUCUAGUUCAGGGUAUCAGAAUGUGAGAUAGAGCAUAUAGGUAGCCAUGUGAGAUUUGAGCCUGCUCGUUUCUUUCUUGUGCGAUAGAUCCCUCUUCCAUGAUGUGUAGCAUUCACGUUGUCACUAGCUAGGAUGAUGGGGGAAUAGGAUUAGCCCACGACCAAAUUUGACUGUCCUGAUGUGUCAUAUCCCCUAGUCAGCCCUUUUGAGCCGUGUGUUAUCCUUUCUUUUGGUCUGAGAUGAAAAAAAUCACCCUGUUUGCAUCUUUUAGAAGGUUCCACAGAGUGGGUUUUACAUGUUCUCUGCUGUUUCUGCUAAAUUUAAUGUGAGUGUUGGAGGUAGUGCUUAAAAGUUGGGCUAGGAAGGUGUUUGAAAUAUAUGCAGAAGUGGUGGCUCUCUUAAGAAAUGAAAAGAAAAUGA